GUGUGUGUGUUUGGCACCACUUUUUUCUGCUCAAAACGUGGAUUACUUCAUAUAAACGCCGUUUUGCUCUUUUCCAUGUUGUUUGGAUGAAUGAAAAAGCAAUUUUGUGAAACGCGUUUUUGUCUCCAAAACUCAGUUUUCAUGAAGUUGAGAUUCAUAGCUUCUACGGCUGAUCAAAACCACGUUUCAACCUUUAAUUUCUCAAGGGACAGAUUUUGUGGUUAAUCUCAUUACUCAUGGUAGAUGUGUUGGUUGGGUGAAUUUAUUCCUUCAGCUUUCCCCCUAUAUAUGAUGCUUAUGAGCUACUUGUGAGAAUCAUUUCAUUGUUCUGCCAAGGCCUAAAGUAUUAUGGACUCACUUAAGAGGAAAGUUUCUGCUAACCCCCCAUCAACUAACAAUGAGGGUCAAAGUACCAAAGCUAGUUGGAGGGAUAUUAAAGCCACUGAGUACUUUGUGAAGGCAUGUUUGGAUCAAGUUACCAAGCGUCAACGAAAUGGUACUUGUUUUACCAAGAAAGGAUGGCAAGGUAUUGUUUCCCAAUUUCAUGAACAAAGUGGACUGAAUUAUGACAAGGUACAAUUGAAGAAUAGGUAUGAUAGCUUGAGAAAGGAAUGGAAAGUAUGGUAUAACUUGUUUGGAAAAGUUACCGAAUUAGGAUGGAAUUUUGAGAAGAACAUCGUUUAUGCAUCCGAUGAGUGGUGGGAGAAGAAAGAAUUGGAAAAUCCUCAAUAUGCAAAGUUUAGAGACAAGGGACUUCCACUUGCUCACCAACUAACCACACUUUUCAAGGAUGUAGUGGCUAAUGGAGAGCAUGCUUGGGCACCAUCAAGUGGUGUAUUACCUAAUGAGAACUUGGGUAAUGAUGAUAUUGAUGUUGGCUUGGAUGAUGCAGAAGGUUCAGGUGAUAGUGAAGAUGCAAGCAUUGGAGCAGCAACUGGUUUUGGAAAUAUUAACUUGAAUACAUCACAAGGAGCUGUUAGUCAAAGUAGUGGACAAAUGAGAAAGAGAGUUAUUAGGGCUGAACAGAAAGGAAAGAAAAAAGCUACUCCUUCAACUUCAAUAGUUGAGGCUGUUAAUGUGAUUGCGGAGACUUGCAAGUCGUGGAAUGAGGCUAUAAGUAAUGCAUCUAUUGGUGAAGUGAUGGCUGAGAUUCAAACCAUGGAUGCAGUUACUUCUGAUUUAGAGUUUCAUACAAUGUGUUGUAACCUAAUGCUGUUUAAGCCAGCUAGGGAGAUGUUUGUAUCAUUGCGGGGUUUUGAGGAAAGAAGGCUGACUUGGCUCAAAUUUGCAUCAUUCAACCCUACUAUGUUUAUGAAGUAUUAAUUUGGCUCAAGAAUUGGCUAAGUGAUGUCCCUUGGACUUAGUUUAUGCUUUCGGACUUAGUU